UUCAUCUCUCUGUGUCUCACAUAUCUCAAGUUCUAUAUAUACUCAUCCAGAGAUGCUUUUCUCUGCAGUGGUUAUAUGCCUCUGUUCCAAAGUGUGAGGAAACAAACAUGGCAAUGACAUCUACACUUAUGUUGGUUCUCAAGGUCCUGAUGAUCUUGGUUUUUGCUUCUUGGGUUUGUCUUUGGAUUCUUAAGCCCACAGAAAGAUGGAAUAAAUCCUGGCACACAGCUGAAGAGAGUGUGAGGACUACAUACUUUGGAUACAAUGGUCUUAAUUUUCUGGUUUUCUCAUUUCCCCUUAUAGUGGUGGCUAUAGUUGGAUUUGUUCACAUACACUUGAAAGAUGGAGAGCCAAGAAGCAGAAGGAUGAGAUUCUCAAUCACCACUCUCUCUAAUCCGAUCAUCGUGCACAGCCCAGUGGGUACUGUAUCAGGAAGUGAGCUACUGGUUGGAGCCCUCUUCUUUCUAUUUCUAGCUUGGACAUUCUAUGCUCACAUCUCCAAUGACUUCAAGAAGAUGGAACCUAUAAAAUCAUUGAAAUUGAAUGUAUGGCAGUACAAGGUCAUGAAGUUAGGGAUUCGAUUUGGUUUGCUAGCAGAAGCAUGCUUGGCAUUGCUCCUCCUUCCCAUCUUAAGGGGGAUGGCCUUAUUUCGGCUACUGGGUAUCCAGUUUGAAGCUUCAGUAAGAUACCAUGUCUGGCUUGGGACUUCAAUGAUAUUUUUUGCCACAUUGCAUGGCUCAAGCAUAUUUUUCAUAUGGGGUGUUAAGAAUCGCAUCCAAGACAAGGCAGGACUAUGGCAGAAAACAGGGAGGAUUUACAUUGCUGGAGAGAUUGCUCUGGUAGCAGGGUUAGUCAUCUGGAUCACAUCACUUCCACAAGUGAGGAGGAGACAGUUUGAACUGUUCUAUUACACCCACCAUUUAUAUGUUAUCUUCUUCGUAUUCUUCUUGUUUCAUGUCGGAGACCGGCACUUUUACAUGGUUUUUGGUGGGAUUCUUCUGUUUGCUCUGGACAAGCUCCUUCGUAUUAUACAAUCAAGAACAGAUACUUGUGUUCUUUCCGCACGCAUCUUCCCUUGUAAAGUCUUAGAGCUCACUCUCCGAAAACCACUUGGAUUGAAAUAUACUCCAACAAGUGUAAUCUUUAUGAAGAUACCUAGUAUAUCAAAGUUUCAAUGGCAUCCUUUCAGUGUGACUUCCAGCUCCAAUGUAGACAAGGACACAAUAUCUGUGAUGAUCAGAUGUGAUGGAGAGUGGACAAGCUCACUCUUUAAUAUGAUCACAAGUGAUGCUGCUGACCAGAUGAAGUGCAUUCCAGUUGCAGUUGAAGGUCCUUAUGGACCUGACUCAAUCAAUUUCCUAAGAUAUGACAGCUUAAUUCUCGUAGCAGGGGGGAUUGGAAUAACUCCAUUCAUAAGCAUUUUACAGGAAAUUAUAUACAUCCAUGGCAGAAACAAGAACAGUAUGCCAUCAAAUAUACAAUUGAUAUGUGUUGUAAAGAAGUCUCAAGACAUCAGCUUGUUGAACUCAGUUUGGCCAAUACUUCUGAACCAAAGCCAUGAGCAAGUAAAUGCUAUAAAAAUCAAAAUCUUUGUUACCCGAGAAGAGAAAUCUAGUAAAACCAUAGGAGAACUAGUGAACGAGCUUUCUCAUGUGGGUACAGUAGAUUUCAAUACAAAGGGUUCAAGUUAUACAAUGCCUGGACCUGAAAAUUUGCUUUGGAUGGCAGCCAUAGCUGGGUUUUCCUCCAUUGUUUUCUUUAUAAUGUUAGGGUGCCUUAACCGUACCAUUCUUCACAAUGAAGAUAAAGCAUCUGAAAAGAAGAACCCCACCUGGGUUACAGAUCUUCUUCUAAUAUGUUCAUUUGUCAUUGCUAUAACAUGUGGCACCUUGGCCACAGUCAUUAUGAGAUGGAGGAAAACAAAGAAUGAAAUUCCAGAGAACCCAACAAAACAAGCUAAAGAGGUUGAACAUUCUUGGCUAGAAGCAAGGGGUGAGCUUGAACAACAUGAGAUCCAUUAUGGCCAGAGGCCUAACCUUCAAGAUAUACUGUCAAAGUUUCCAAUCCAAUCUGGAGUGUCUGAUGUAGGAGUUUUAGUUUGUGGACCUGAAUCCAUGAAAGAAUCAGUGGCUUCAUUUUGCCAGCAGAAUUCACAAGGCCUAAAGAUAGGUGCCAAGAAAAGGAAGCCCAACUUCAGUUUCCAUCCAUUGAACUUUGCACUAUAGUUUUGUGCAAGCUUUCUUACACAAAACUGGUUUAUGCUUCCACACAGUAACACAAUCAAGAGAGUCAAGUUAUCUAUGAUUGCCUCUGGUUCUGUUAAUUGUUAUUGGUAGCAGAAUCUCUGUAUGUGUGUGUAACAAUAACAUAGUAGGUUUGCUU